AUGUCGGACCAUACAAGCCCACCGAACAGCUACGAGCUCUACCAUGGCCAAGCUCAAGGCCAAGGCUAUUACCCAUCCCACCAGGAGAGUACCAUGCCAGAGCAGAAGUACUACAAUUCGGCUAGGUCAAACACCCCAGGACUAAAUCCGGGCUCUGAAUACCUUCCCCGAGUAUCCAACCAAGAUAAUGGAUACGUACCCUACCAUGCAGAGCAGCACCUAUGCAGCGGCGAGAAUGCAUCAUACUAUGCGGGCAUACCACAGGACCAAGUGAAUGGAGUUGGCACUGUUCCUGGUGUCGGUCCAGAGGGUGAUGGAGGCAUGAGGAGAGGAGGUAUGCUGAGCAGUUUGGGCAAGGGCCUGCAGAAGGGUACGGGCAUUUGCAUCACAGGCAUGGGCGUGGACGUGGUAGAGGACGAGGCCUUGUGCGCGGACGGGGGCGUGGUCGUGGAUAUUAAGGAUAUUUCGAGGUCUUGA